UUUUUAAUCUGGCAAAAAGAGGGAGACUUAUGUUUUGAAUUUUAAAAAAAAAAGAAAUAGGGCGAGCCCUCUGCUCGAAUUGGAGUUCGGCGCAGGCGGGAGGAGCGCGUGUGUUGACGUAAGGGGCGCGCUUGCUCACCCGCGGCGGUUCUGUUGCCGUUGAGGAGGGAGAAGGCGGUGGCGGCGCGCGUACUCGCCCACAAUGAUUCCUGUGACGUAUACACGUGGAUGCGCGCGGCCGCUCCGCGCUCCUCCCCGCCGGCGCCGUGUGGGGGAAAUGGCGGCAGCGGCUGCUUCGAGUUCCUUAGUGCCGGCCAGUCGCUGGUGCUUCAGCCGGCAGCAACUGCAGGACAGCCCGUCGCGACGGGGCGGCGUGGACUGGGACAAGGAGCUGUCGUACCGGCAGCAAACUGCCAAUCUACUGCAGGAUAUGGGCCAGCGGCUCAGCGUUUCCCAGCUGACCAUUAACACGGCAAUCGUUUACAUGCACCGAUUUUAUAUGCAGCAGUGUUUCACCAAGUUUCAUCGCAACAUCAUCGCCCCUGCCACUCUCUUCUUAGCUGCCAAGGUGGAGGAGCAACCUCGCAAGCUGGAGCAUGUAAUUAAAGUGGCGCACGCCUGCCUGAACCCACAGGAACCCCCACCUGAUGUCAAGAGUGAGGCCUACCUGCAGGAAGCACAGGACCUGGUCAUCCUAGAAAGCAUCAUACUGCAGACCCUGGGGUUCGAGAUCACCAUAGAUCACCCGCACACCCAUGUGGUGAAGUGUACGCAGCUAGUCAGAGCGAGCAAGGAUCUGGCACAGACAUCAUACUUCAUGGCUACCAACAGCCUCCACCUCACCACCUUCUGCCUGCAGUACCAGCCUGCUGUGGUGGCCUGUGUUUGCAUACACCUCGCCUGCAAGUGGUCCAACUGGGAGAUCCCCGUCUCCACAGACGGCAAGAAUUGGUGGGAGUAUGUUGACCCCACCGUCACACUGGAACUGCUGGAUGAACUGACGCACGAGUUCCUCCAGAUCCUGGAGAAGACCCCCAGUCGCUUGAAACGCAUCAAGAACUGGCGGGCCACCCAGGCAGCGAAGAAGCCUCGUUUGGAGGAUCCAGAGACAGAGGAGGUGUCCUGGGCUGCUCCCCUAUCAGCACAUACGGCCAUUGGCACCUGCCCGGAGCCACCGGCUGGCGGGGCAGGGCCUGUGGAUGAGCGAGGAGUACGAGUUGGCCCCUCCCAUGCCACUGUACCUGGUGGCACCCUCCCGCAGCGGGUGAGCCUGUCUGAGUACCGGGCCAAGCGUGCCGAAGAGCUGGCCCAGCAGCGGCAGCGGGCUGCGGUGCCCCUCCACCCAAGGCUGCGUCUGCCUCCAGCGCUGGAGGAAGGAUUGGAGAGUGGAGAGAGGGAAGACGAAGGGGAGAGAGGGCGGAGAGAUAGGAGGAGGGAGGGAGCCCAUCGCCACAAGCGUCAUCGGCAUCACUGCGGAUGGGGUGGUGAGGAGGAGGCUGGGAGCAGGCACAAGCAGCCCCACCCCUCCAAAAUGCCAGGACCUCCUCCCCCACCACAUCCCCCUCCCCCACCCCCUCCUCUCCCCUCAUCGCUGCCACUGGAGACCAAUGGUCAUGGGCAUUACCAGGAUGCCUUUGACAUGCUCGAGUCCCUGCUCAGUGCUCAAGGGGUGCCCCGAACAGCCCAGCCCCCUCCCCCGCUGCCCACCGAGCCCCCUCCGCCUCUGCCCCCUCUACCCAAAUGAAACCAGUGAUGGGGUGGGGGUGGGGUAUUCUCCCUUUGCCCUUGGCCUCCACCACCGUCAAAACACAGGGACAGAAAGUGGGUUGGGGGUCCCCUUUUGCCCCUCUCCCUGUGAACCAGGGUCAGGGGUAGUUCUCCCUCCAUACCAUCCCAUCACUGUCCAAGUGAACCCAGGGAUAGAGUGAGCAGUGGGAGCCCCUCCGCCUCCUCCUCCUGCUACCUGUGAACCCAGUGAUGGAGAGAGGGAGUCAGGGUCCUUCAAACUCUAUUCCACAGGGACAGAGAGAAGGGCGAGUAAACCCAUAGACAGGCAAAGAGGUGGGUGGGGGUAGUCUCCCUCCAUCCUCUGCUCCCAUCCCUGUUCUCCAAUUGAAUCUCGGGAUGGAGAAAGGGAAAGAGAGAGAAGGGGUGCCUCCUCCAUCCGCUCCCCACAUUCCUCAAGUAACGACAGGAAUAUCUCCUCGUAUGGUGAUGAAACGUUUGCAAGUAAAUUGCCAAGAUCGGAGAACAAUUCAACUCAACCAUCAAGCAUCAAAGCUACACAUCUUCCGAGUUGUUUCCAAAGACAGGAAUGGAAGUGUGCUUGCUCAGCCCGUCGCACCACUCGCCAGGUGAACACAAGGACAGAGCUACGGGGAGGGGCGCAACAGCUGACCGAGUUUCCCGAGGGCUCAGCAACAUCGGUGGGCUGCUAGGAGGGGUGUAAUGGUUUCAGAUCCAGAUGGUGCAUAAGGAAGUUGUUGCUAGGUCUAGACCCCGAGAUGUCGAUAAUCCCUCUCCGCAUCCUCCUUAAACAUAUAGUGCCUCAUCUGCUAAAUCCCUCCAGCACCGUGUGUGUUGCUCCAAAUUCCAGUGUAUUUUGUGUCUCAAGAGAGGAUGAGGGGCCUAAAGGAACAGCAUAGAAACAUAGAAAACCUACAGCACAAUACAGGCCCUUCGGCCCACAAAGCUGUGCCAAACAUGUCCUUACCUUAGAACUACCUAGGGUUACCCAUUGUCUCAGCUUGCUCCUGCCCCACCAAACUCGUUUCUGUAUACCUCGACACGGUUUUAUCCCCCCUUGUUCAAUCCCUUCCUACCUAUGUUCGUGACACUUCUCACACUCUUAAACUUUUCGAUGAUUUUAAGUUCCCUGGCCCCACCGCUUUAUUUUCACCAUGGAUGUCCAGUCCCUAUAUACUUCCAUCCCCCAUCAGGAAGGUCUCAAAGCUCUACGCUUCUUUUUGGAUUCCAGACCUAAUCAGUUCCCCUCUACCACCACUCUGCUCCGUCUAGCGGAAUUAGUCCUUACUCUUAAUAAUUUCUCCUUUGGCUCCUCCCACUUCCUCCAAACUAAAGGUGUAGCUAUGGGCACCCGUAUGGGUCCCAGCUAUGCCUGCCUUUUUGUUGGCUUUGUGGAACAAUCUAUGUUCCAUGCCUAUUCUGGUAUCUGUCCCCCACUUUUCCUUCGCUACAUCGAUGACAGCAUUGGCGCUGCUUCCUGCAUGCAUGCUGAACUCGUUGACUUUAUUAACUUUGCCUCCAACUUUCACCCUGCCCUCAAGUUUACCUGGUCCAUUUCCGACACCGCCCUCCCCUUUCUAGAUCUUUCUGUCUCUAUCUCUGAAGACAGUUUAUCUACUGAUGUCUAUUAUAAGCCUACUGACUCUCACAGCUAUCUGGACUAUUCCUCUUCCCACCCUGUCUAUUGCAAAAAUGCCAUCCCCUUCUCGCAAUUCCUCCGUCUCCGCCGCAUCUGCUCUCAGGAUGAGGCUUUUCAUUCCAGGACGAAGGAGAUGUCCUCCUUUUUUAAAGAAAGGGGCUUCCCUUCCUCCACCAUCAACUCUGCUCUCAAAUGCAUCUCCCCCAUUUCACACACAUCUCUCACUCCAUCCUCCCGCCAUCCCACUAGGAAUAGGGUUCCUCUUGUCCUCACCUACCACCCCACCAGCCUCCGGGUUCAACAUAUUCUCCGUAACUUCCGCCACCUCCAACGGGAUCCCAUCACUAAGCACAUCUUUCCCUCCCCCCCACCCUGCUUUCUGCAGGGCUCGCUCCCUACAUGACUCCCUUGUCCAUUCGUCCCCCCCAUCCCUCCCCACUGAUCUCCCUCCUGGCACUUAUCCUUGUAAGUGGAACAAGUGCUACACAUGCCCUUACACUUCCUCCCUUACCACCAUUCAGGGCCCCAGACAGUCCUUCCAGGUGAGGUGACACUUCACCUGUGAGUCGGCUGGGGUGAUAUACUGUGUCCAGUGCUCCCGAUGUAGCCUUCUAUAUAUUGGCGAGACCCGACGCAGACUGGGAGACCGCUUUGCUGAACAUCUACGCUCUGUCCGCCAGAGAAAGCAGGAUCUCCCAGUGGCCACACAUUUUAAUUCCACAUCCCAUUCCCAUUCUGACAUGUCUAUCCACAGCCUCCUCUACUGUAAAGAUGAAGCCACACUCAGGUUGGAGGAACAACACCUUAUAUUUCGUCUGGGUAGCCUCCAACCUGAUGGCAUGAACAUCGACUUCUCUAACUUCCGCUAAUGCCCCACUUCCCCCUCGUACCCCAUCUGUUAUUUAUAUACACACAUUCUUUCUCUCACUCUCCUUUUUCUUCCUCUGUCCUUCUGACUAUACCCCUUGCUCAUCCUCUGGGUACGCCCCCCAUUUUCCUUCUCCCUGGGCCUCCUGUCCCAUGAUCUUCUCAUAUCCCCUUUUGCCAAUCACCUGUCCAGCUCUUGGCUCCAUCCUUCCCCCUCCUGUCUUCUCCUAUCAUUUUGGAUCUCCCUCUCCCCCUCCCACUUUCAAAUCUCUUACUAGCUCUUUCUUCAGUUAGUCCUGACGAAGGGUCUCGGCCUGAAACAUCGACUGUACCUCUUCCUAGAGAUGCUGCCUGGCCUGCUGCGUUCACCAGCAACUUUGAUAUGUGUUGCUUGAAUUUCCAGCAUCUGCAGAAUUCCUCGUGUUAGGGUUACCCAUAACCCUCUUUUUCUAAGCUCCAUGUAUCUAUCCAGGAGUCUCUUAAAAGACCCUGUCAUUUCCGCCUCCACCACCGCUGCCAUCAGUCCAUUCCACGCACUCACAACUCUCUGCAUAAAAAAUUUACCCCUGACAUCUCCUCUGCACCUACUUCCAAGCACCUUAAAACUAUGCCCUCUCGUGCUAGCCAUUUCAGUCCUGGAAAAAAGCCUCUGACUAUCCACACAAUCAAUGUCUCUCGUUAUCUUGUACACUUCUAUCAGGUCACCUCUCAUCCUCUGUCACUCCAAGGAGAAAAGCUGAGUUCACUCAACCUACCCUCAUAAGGCAUGCUUCCCAAUCCAGGCAACAUCCUUGUAAAUCUCCUCUGCACCCUUUCUAUAGUUUCCACAUCCUUCCUGUAGUGAGGCAACCAGAACUGAGCACAGUAUUCCAAGUGGGGUCUGACCAGGGUCCUGUAUAGCUGCAACAUUACCUCUCUGCUCUUGAACUCAAUCCUACGAUUGAUGAAGGCCAAUGCACCGUAUGCCUUCUUAACCACAGAGUCGACCUGCACAACAGUUUUGAGUGUCCUAUGGACUCGGACCCUAAGGUCCCUCUGAUCCUCCACACCGCCAAGAGUCUUACGGUUAAUGCUAUAUUCUGCCAUCGUAUUUGACAUAACAAAAUGAACCACCUCACGCUUAUCUGGGUUGAACUCCAUAGGCCACUUCUCAGCCCAGUUUUGCAUCCUAUCAACAUCGCACUGUAACCUCUGACAGCCCUCCACACUAUCCACAACAUCCCCAACCUUUGUGUCAUCAGCAUAUUUACUAACCCAUCCCUCCACCUCCUCAUCCAAGUCAUUUAUAAAAAUCACGAAGAGAAGGGGUCCCAGAACAGAUCCCUGAGGCACACCACUGGUCACCGCCAUACAUGCAGAAUAUGAUCUGUCUACAACCACUCUUUGCCUUCUGUGGGCAAGCCAAUUCUGGAUCCACAGUGUCCCAUUGGAUCCCAUGCCUCCUUACUUUCUCAAUAAGCCUUGCAUGGGGUACCUUAUCAAAUGUCUUACUGAAAUCCAUAUACACUACAUCUAUGGUUCUACCUUCAUCAAUGUGCGGAAAGGGUGGAACUGUUGGUGUGCGUGGGGAAUGAGGAACAUGGAUAUUGUGUAGGCAGACUAGUUUCAUAUGGCUCCUAGUCAUUCAAUGACUAGUAUAAUUAGUUCGGUACAGUAGGAUGAGUCAAAGGGCUUGUUCUCAUGCUGUUACCAUACUGUGGAAGCCUUGGCAUUUCUUCUGGCUCCCCACCUAAGCUGUUUGACCCACUGGAUCCAUCAUCUGAUGCGUCAGCUUCAGAUCUUGGCAUCUCUCCUAUCUCCAGAAAGGUUCAGGGAGGGCACCUGUCCCCUCACUAAAGAGGCGAGAGGGGGUCCAAGUGGCCUUUGUUCCAAGGGGCAGGGACCAAGAACAGUCAUAGUGAUGGGGUGAGCAGUCAUGUGUGUGUGCGCACACAUGUUUGAAGAGAGAAUAUACUGUUUACAUUAUCUUAAGUAACCUGCCAGUUAAAAGUGCGUAGUAAUGCUGCAGUGCGGGUGAAGCCUGGAGGGGGGGAAAGGGAAGAGGAAGAGUCCACUUCCCCAUCCCUCCUGUACGCCUGUGAACAGGGGGUGUAGUGAUUAGAACCCCUGCACCCAGAAUUAUCUUCAAGAGCACAGGUGAGCCCUAAGCGGAUAGCUGGGUGCAUGUGUUAACUUGUACAGCCACUAGCCUCUCUCCCCAACCUGUUCUCUUCUCCCUAAUCCACAGGGCUAUAGGUUCCCUCCCUUGGGCGAGAGCCAUGAUCUUGUACAUACAUUUUUGUAUGAUGAAUUAUGAAAGUAACUCAGGAUGAUUUUCCUCU